CCGUGAGGGCGGGGAGAGGCCGCCGCCAUCUCCGGCUGCCGCCGCCCCGAGCGCGGCCGGGCCGGGCGGCUGUGGGGCCAUGAGGAGCCGCAGCAACUCGGGGGUGCGCCUGGACGGCUACGCCCGCCUGGUCCAGCGGACCAUCCUCUGCCACCAGAACCCAGUGACGGGGCUGCUUUCAGCCGGGGCAGACCAUAAGGAUGCCUGGGUACGGGACAACAUCUACAGCAUCCUGGCCGUGUGGGGGCUGGGAAUGGCGUAUCGGAAGAAUGCGGACCGGGAUGAGGAUAAAGCCAAAGCCUACGAGCUUGAGCAGAACGUUGUGAAGCUGAUGCGGGGACUCCUGCAGUGCAUGAUGAGACAGGUAGAUAAGGUAGAGAAGUUCAAACGCACUCAGAGUACCAAAGACUGCCUCCAUGCCAAGUAUAACUCUGCAACUUGUGCCACAGUGGUUGGGGAUGACCAGUGGGGGCAUCUACAAGUGGAUGCAACUUCCCUCUACCUGCUCUUCUUAGCACAGAUGACUGCAUCAGGGCUACGUAUUAUCUUCACCCUUGAUGAAGUUACCUUUAUCCAGAAUCUUGUUUUUUACAUAGAAGCUGCCUACAAAGUUGCUGAUUAUGGAAUUUGGGAACGUGGUGAUAAGACAAACCAAGGAAUCCCUGAACUGAACGCGAGCUCUGUAGGGAUGGCCAAAGCUGCUUUGGAAGCAAUUGAUGAACUAGAUCUUUUUGGAGCUCAUGGAGGACACAAAUCAGUGAUUCAUGUUCUUCCUGAUGAAGUGGAACACUGCCAGUCUAUUCUGUACUCCAUGUUGCCAAGGGCAUCCACAUCAAAGGAGAUAGAUGCUGGCCUUCUGUCUAUUAUUUCUUACCCAGCUUUUGCAGUGGAGGAUGUGAACCUUGUUAAUGUAACCAAGAGUGAAAUCAUAUCCAAAUUGCAGGGCCGCUAUGGCUGCUGUCGCUUUCUCCGAGAUGGUUACAAGACACCCAGAGAGGAUCCAAGCAGGCUGCACUAUGAUCCUGCUGAGCUCAAGCUCUUUGAGAAUAUUGAAUGUGAGUGGCCAGUAUUCUGGACAUACUUCCUAAUAGAUGGAAUAUUUAAUGAGGACAAGAUCCAGGUACAAGAGUACAGAGAGGCUCUGGAAGGAAUACUUAUAAGAGAGAAGAAUGGAUUAGUGCUAAUGCCUGAACUGUAUGCAGUCCCUCCAGAAAAGGUGGAUGAGGAGUAUGAAAAUCCUCAUACAGUGGAUCGUGUUCCAAUGGGAAAGUUGCCUCAUCUUUGGGGCCAAUCAUUGUAUGUCCUGAGCUGCCUGUUAGCAGAGGGAUUUCUUGCUGCAGGUGAAAUUGAUCCCUUAAACCGGAGAUUUUCCACGGGAUUUAAACCUGAUGUUGUGGUACAAGUAACUGUUUUGGCAGAAUCUAAUCAAAUUAAGAAUCUGUUGCAAAACCGUGGCAUCCAUGUUCAGAGCAUUGCUGAUAUCCAUCCACUCAGGGUGCAGCCAGCUCGCAUCCUUAGCAACCUCUACACCAUGCUGGGCCGGAACAAGAACAUGAAAUUAAGUGGCCGACCACACCGACACAUAGGAGUGUUGGGCACCUCCAAGCUCUAUGUGAUAAGAAAUCAAAUAUUUGCUUUUACCCCUCAGUUUACUGACCAGCAUCACUUCUAUCUGGCUCUAGACAAUCAGAUGAUUGUAGAGAUGCUCAAGACAGAGCUGGCUUACCUCACUUCUUGCUGGAGGAUGACAGGGAGACCAACCUUGACAUUUCCCAUCACCCACACAAUGCUUGUUGAUGAUGGCACUGACAUUCAUCCAGCAGUUCUUGCCACAAUAAGAAAAUUAGAAGAUGGUUAUUUUGGAGGUGCAAGGGUGAAGAUAGGCAAGCUAUCAGAAUUUCUUACCACUUCUUUUCAUACAUAUCUGAGCUUCCUGGAUCCAGAUUGUGACCUAAAACUGUUUGAUGACCGUAACAACGACUGUAAUAGCCCUGACAGUGAAUAUGGAGAGUACUCAGCAGAUUUCUGUGAAAAAGAUAGCCAGGAUGAGCUGGAUCAGUACAUAAAUGAUGUCCUGCUGAGCACAGCCCUGAAGUCAUACCUGCCUCCAACUUCAAAGACGACUGAACCUCCUGUGUUCAGUGCAAACCAUUCCACGGAAGAGAUACUGUCAAUAAUGGCCAAGACAAAGGGCUUGGAAGUUCCAGCCGUGUCUAUGUCUCUUCCCACUAAAGUUCUGAACACACACCGGAAGUCUCUGAAUCUUGUUGAUAAUCCUCAUUUCUUUGGGACAAAGGACCAUGAAAAUAUUUUGCACUUACCUAAAGAUGCUCAUGGUGAUUUGGAUUGCAGGAAGCUUGUUGAUCAGCUGAAGGAAUGUCCAACACUCCAUGAUCAAGCAGAUAUCUUGUAUAUCUUGCAUAUACUCAAAGGUGCUGACUGGGACACAAAGCUGGAUGGACAGUAUGGUGUCACUGUUCACUGCCUCCUCAAUGAGCUCUACAGAAAGGCAGGCCUCAAUCAGGAAUGGGGCUUAAUCCGUUACAUUUCUGGCAUACUCAAAAAGAGAGUUGAAGUCCUGGCUGAGGCAUGCACAGACCUUCUGUCACACCACAAGCAACUUACAGUGGGCCUGCCACCAGAACCCCGUGAGAAAAUCAUUACCACCCCACUGCCCCCUGAGGAGCUCACAGAUCUCAUUUAUGAAGCCAGUGGCCAAGACAUCAGUAUUGCAGUCCUGACACAGGAGAUAAUUAUGUACUUGGCAAUGUACGUCCGGUCACAGCCCAGUCUUUUUGUGGAGAUGCUCAGGCUCCGCAUUGGUCUGAUAAUCCAGGUGAUGGCCACGGAGCUGGCACGAAGUCUGAAAUGCUCAGGUGAAGAAGCUUCAGAGAGCUUGAUGAAUCUAAGCCCCUUUGAUAUGAAAAGUCUACUACAUCAUAUUCUCAGUGGGAAAGAGUUUGGAGUGGAAAGAAGCUUGCGGCCUGUAGAUUCUUCUUCAUCCAGCCCUGCAAUUUCUAUUCAUGAGAUGGGGCAUUCUGGAGCAACCAGAACUGAAAGAAGUGGUAUUACUAAAUUGAAGAGUGAGAUGAAGCAGAGGGGCAGUACUCCAUCCUCUCCCACCAGUACUUCUCCGACUGGCUCUGGCGGAGACAUGAGCUGGGGUGACAGAAAAGGGCAGUGGCUGCGCAGGAGGAGGCUUGAUGGUGCUAUUAACAGAGUUCCUGUUGGCUUUUAUGAGAAAGUGUGGAAAAUCCUUCAGAAGUGCCAUGGUCUGUCCAUUGAUGGGUAUGUCCUUCCUUCUUCAACCACCAGAGAGAUGACCCCGUGCGAAAUCAAGUUUGCAGUGCACGUGGAGUCGGUGCUGAACCACGUCCCCCAGCCCGAGUACAGGCAGCUCCUGGUGGAAGCUAUUCUCGUCCUGACGUUCCUCUCUGACAUCGAGGUGAACAGCAUUGGGGGCAUCAUCCAUGUGGACAGAAUCGUGCACAUGGCCAAUGACCUGUUUCUGCAGGAGCUGAAAUCAUUUGGAGCUACUGGUAAUAUCUUGGAGAAAGACACAGCCACAGGAAUUUGCCAUUUUUUUUAUGAUAGUGCUCCCAGUGGAGCCUAUGGCACCAUGACUUACCUAACAAAAGCCAUAAUUAUUUAUUUACAUGAUUUCCUGCCCAGCACUGGCUGUGCAAUGCAGUAAGUGAUGCCUCACAUAGGAAGAAAGGCUCAGAGGCUCUUCCUCCCCAGUUCCCUGUCAUGACCCCCUUGAUUGCUGCCUCUGUGUAUGCCAUGCACUCACUCAGCACUUGGCACUACUGGAGAUGCUCUGUGCACAUCUACUGCUGGGGACAGAGAGCUGGAAUUUGGCCUGGUUUUAGGAGAGUGUGUGAGAAAUAACGAAUAAUGAGAGUUAUUCUGCCCAAAGUGCAUAAAUGUAAUUCAUAUCAAAUUAGCAAGAAUUACACAGUUCUGCCAAGAGGGAAACAGAUUACUCUGUGGAGAUCAAAAGGCAUAAUAAAAUGAGGGAGCUGCAUCUUGGGCAUAGAGUCUCAUAAAUACGGGAAGUGAUUGAAUUCAUUCAUUUUUCUCCUGUUGUGUGUAAAUGUACAUCGUUGUGAAUCAUUAAUGCACAGUGUGGAACAUCCAGGGAAAUGUAAAUUAGAGGAGUAAGAAUAACUUGAAAUAAUGUGGUGAUAUUUCUAAUACACUUUUAUCCUGAUUCUCUUCUCAUUUUCACCUAGUCAGUGCAGGGCUAAUGCCAGUAGGGACAAACAUCCUACAAUAUCCAUUAAUUUGGGAGGAUAGCCUCUGUCAGGAAGCCGCAUCUGUCUUUAAUCUGAAUAGCUUCCUUCCCUGCAUCCCCAAGACUUAGGAAGCAGAAUCCCAAGACUCCAGCUUCUCCUGUGUGACAGACAGUUUUAUGCCUGUAAUCCUUUUCAUCUGAAUGGAGCAAGAUAAACCUCAUCCACUUGAGCACCAUUUCCAAGUCUCCUGAUCAUUUCCCUCGCAAACAGCCUCAGAGUUAAGAAUGGCAUAAUUGUGGCUUUUCCAGUGUAACACGAGUUUAUGGAAGGCUUUGAUGUUUCUCUUUGGGUUUUUUUGUUUGCUUUGUUUGUUUGUUUUUCUUUUAUUUUUAUUUCCUUUUCAAUUUUUUCUUUUUCUUCAUUUUAGUUUGAAGCUACAUUGGUCUCAUGUAAUUAGGGGUUGGGCUGCCUGGAAGUCUCCCUGCAGACAGUUCCCAGGUUACUGCUGUCAAUUGGAGGCUCUGAGGUGCUGCAGGGAGUAGGUGCAUCCUGCAUGGAAAUGACUCCAUGGCCAUUUAAACUGAAAACAGAGUUUGGCGGCCUCUGGAGAGGAAAACCAUGCCUUACCCCAGGCACUGGCUGUGUUUUUCCUUGUGCCUGUGCUGCUGGCUUUGCCACCAGCCACAUGUCAGCAUAGGAAAGUGGCAGUAGCUUCAGCAUCCCGUGCCACAAACAGGCUCUCUCAGUAGCACUGCUGCCAUGUGAGCAGAAAGGAUCAGAGCAAUUCUGUCUUGCCAGGUAGAGGUGAAAAGAGCAGAUAGGCCUGUAAAAAUAAGUACUUUCUGAGCUAUAUAAGCCUGACAGCCUGCCUGCUGUCCCUCUACACUGUCCCUGCUACUAUAGCAGUAUCUGGGAGCUGGCUCAAAAGUGUAGGUGUAGGAGGCCUUAGUGUGAGGUGAUUUAAUGUUUUUUCAGAGACCAGAGGAGUUUGGUAGUCCAGAGGACCAGGAGCCCUGUGUUACCCACUAUGGGAACCAUGGGCCUUUGUAGGGGCCAGUAUAAAGUGACAGUUCAGGUACAAUUAGCACUUGGGUGUGGAAAUUAUUUUAUUGGCGUGGUGCCUGUUUUGUAAGGGUUUGCCUUUGUUAUUGUUUGGUGUGGGUUUUUUAAACUUUUCAUGUGUAUUAUGAGAGCUCACUUGGCUUGUUUCCCAGUGAAAGGAAGUAAAAUCCUUUGUCUAGUUUAAGCAGAUGUGACAGUGCAGAGCAUAAGCACAACAAGAACAAGGUGAUGGUUUUUUUUAUUCUAUUCAGUAUCAUACAAAAAGUAGUAGCCGUUAUUUUUGCUUUUCUUCUUGAAUCGUAGAUUGAGAGAGAUGCAAGAUGACUUUUUGCUCAGACUUUUAAUUUUUUUUUUUACCUACUGUGUGAAUUUCUUUUCAGAAACAAGAAGGCUGAUGUUGGUUUUCCAUGCAGCUGCAUUGAAGUCUAAAGCAAUGAAAUGUAUGGCUUAGCAUACCUGGACACUCUUUAAGACUUCUUUGUUUUCAAAUGGGAGUGUCAUUGGUUUCUUUACUAUCAAAUUCACAGUAUGACCUAGGUUAUGGUAUAUUAAUGAAGAUCAUAAUGAAUUACCCUGUGGAAUGCAGGCAAUUGGAAAAUGUUUAUGUGGUAAUUUGAAGAGUUUAGGUAUCUAUCUGGUGGUGAAGGGUGGUACUCAAAGACAAGGCCAGUGGAAGGCAAACUUACAUUACUUGCAGGGUCAGGCACAGCUGCGCCUUGCUGCUGUGUUACUGCUCAGAGCAAAGAAGCAUUGCAGCUGGAGAGUAGCCUUGCAAACCCAUUUGCAAAUAAGGUUUUACACAGACCCUCUGCUUUGCUGAGGAGCCCUGUGUGUGUGAGGCUACUGCAAAGCAGAGCUAGCACUGGCAGUGGCCAGGGUGUGCUCCCAUAUAAAAUACAGGACGACUCUGUGGUUUGUGCAGGGCUGAGCUAAUUGACAGAGGCUGCACAGCCUCCCUGGGGAGGCAGCAGAGGAUGACACUGCCAGCUGCCAGUCCCUGGAAGCACAUUUAUGGAAAGAAGGCAAAGGUGAACAGACCGGUCCUGUGCCUCAGAAACAAGGGCAUUAGUGAAUUAAAACAGAUUCACCUGAGAGCUGCUCAUGCCAGCCUGAUGGGCCCUGGUGCCCCAAGCAAUUUGCAGCUGUAGCAUCAGGAGCACCCACACAGUGCUGGAGGUAGCUGGAUGUGCCAGACACAGGGCUGGGGGGAGGAGCUGGCAGAAUAAGGACCUGUGUCCAGCUCAGAGCUCAUACCAUAUGUUGGCCCCAGCCCUGCUCCACAGCCCUGUGUCCCCCCUGCUCACACUGUUGCCUUUCCCCUGCUGUGACAGGGAUGUGGGUUUGUCAGACUAGAGAGAUCAAAAAUGCCACUGAUCUCCCACAGCUGCUGGUGCCACAGGUAACUGUGAAAACUGAAUGGGUGGAGUGCAAAGUUUGUCUGGCUUCUGUUCUGCUAAUUGUAGUCUCCUUUCUCAGGGAAAGAGUCCUGCUUGUUCCUGGAAGGUGCAGGUGAGCCACACAGUCUUUGGCUGCCCUGCAAAGGGGCAGCCACUUUCUGUGGGGUAGUGAAACACCUGGCCUGCCCCAUGUGGGCAUGGGACACUGCAGGAAUGUGUCACCCUUCUGGCAGUAGCCAGGGCCUUGAGAGAAGUGGGAGCUUGAGUCAGUCCAAGCCUAACCUUGGGCACUUUUUGGAGUGGUCAGCAGGCAGGAGCAGAGUUGCCCAGAAAGCAGGAGAGCGAUGCUACCAGUGGUGGCAGCUGUAGCUGUAGGGUGAGAGCUUGGCACUCUGCAGACUGAUUCAGGUGCUGCUUAAAAGACCGCUCACAUCUGGAAUAUUAAGUAGCUGCUGCAUAGAAUUGUGACUGAGAAAAAGGGAUUGAGGAUGUGGGUUAUAGAAUCAAACAGUUUGGAUUUAAGUACAAGCAGCAGGGAUUUUUCCCACUCCCGGUUUCACUCUCGUGGCAUUUAUUCCCAGCAUUAGAUGUUUCACAGUUACUCCCCCUGGCAGCCCCCUUCUGUCAGGGGCCAGAGGGCUCUUUGUGCCACCAGCAGCUGACAGGACAGGCUUUCUUUUUUUGGCUCAAUGAUUCAGCUGCUCUCAUACCUCUGUCCUGCAUCCCCAAAAGGCUCUCCCUGCCUGCUGAGUGAAGCUGUGCUAUGACUGUACCUUGGUAUCCCCUCUCAGGAAGUGAUCUCUCAAGGCCAGUCCCCUUCAUGCCAGGUUCAGGAAUGUGUCCUUAGUGGAGGACAUCUACAUGGGAAGGUGUCAGCCAUCCUUCAGAGCUCCUGUGUCUCACUGUACAGUCUGGCUUUGUCCUCUUUACUGGGGCAGGUGCAAAAGGGGGACUCCAGAGCUGCAGUGUCCAAUUCUGCCUUGCAGUUCACACCCUCUGCAUGGAAGCCAACAGCGGGAAGCAAGAUCUCACCACACACAGAGAUGUUUGGCCAUUGUAAGUGGAGCCUUUUUGUAACUCCACUGGAAUAAGGUGGAACUGAUCAUCACAGUGCAUAGAUCAGAAUAACUACAUGCUAAACAUAUACAUUAUGUAUUACCACUGCCAUUAAAGUUUCACUGUAAAUUU